UCUAAGACAAUUUCUCAUAGCAAGUUCUAUGUAAGAAUAAGAACGAAAGAAAGGAUUUCCUUUGAGUCUCUCUGCCAAAACAUAAUGAAGAACGAAGUGUUCUUGAGUUUCAGAGGAGAGCAGACCCGCAGAACUUUUCUAAGCCAUCUCCUUAGUUCCUUCAAGAAGAAAGACAUCACAAAUUUCACAUCUUCAGAGUCUUGUCCCGUGUCGGUUCAAGCCCUCCAAGUAUCUCUGGUUGCGAUCCCUAUUAUCUCAAAUGACCACUCGUCUUUGGACUUGUGGGCUGAUGACUUGGCCACGAUUAUUGAUUGUGAGAAGAAAGGAACUUUGACCGCAGUGCCUGUCUUCUUCCAAGUUGAUCCUAACGAUUUCUUAAAAAUGUUGAGAACUGCAGGAAAAGACGCGCAAACCAUGCAAGAACCUCAGAGGAGGUCCCUUGAGAUUGUCAAGAAGUGGCUUGACGCUCACAUAAUCAACAAGUCUGGUUUUAAUUCCCUCGACUGCAAGGAUGACUCGGAGCUGGUGGGUAAGGUUACUCGUUUCGUUUCCGAUAAACUGACGUCUGCUUCCACAUCAAGAUAUCAGAAGACUAGUACUGGUGCAAGUCCUUCCAGGAGUUUGAAGUUCUUAUCUAAGUUAGAUACAAGUGUGAAAAUGCAUAAUAAGCCUUUGCUGCGGAGAUCAGUUGACGUUAGGAGAAGCUCAUGUGCUGAAGAUCUGCGAGCAUUAACGUUACGCGCAACGUCUCCAAUAAUUGGAGUUUGUGGAGUUGAAGGUGUAGGGAAGACAAGUCUUGCAAGACACGUUUAUGAUGAUAUUUCACCUCAGUUUCAGCACUAUUUUUUCUUUAGAAACAGGAUCCCAACACCAGAUAUCAGUUACAAACCUAAUUCUUUACUAACUGAUCUCGCUCGUGAAGUUUUAAAAGGGAGUAGCUUCCAUGGGAGAUCUAUUGAUGCCAUCAAGGACAUGAUCCGACACCGUAAAGUUCUGCUAGUUGCUGAUGGUGUGGAUGACACUAAGCAGCUAAAAGGUAUAAUCAAAGAAGCUAGUUGGCUUGGUCCAGGAAGUCGAGUCAUUGUAAUCACUAAAGACAGGUCAGUGCUUACUCAGUGUGGAGUGAAACACAUAUACGAGCUUAAGUGUCCUAAAUUUGAGGAAGCUCUGGCUUUAUUCUCGGAGUUUGCUUUCAAGGAAAGAAACCCUCUUCCUGGCUUCGAGGAACUCUCGUUUCUUGCUGUCCAAGUUUCGAAUCGCCUUCCUCUUACCCUUAAAAUGUUGGGAACGUUUUUAUGCAACAAGGAGAAAAGUGAAUGGUUAAGUACAUUGCGUAGGCUAGAAGCUUCACAUAAUAACUACGCUACAGAGGUUUGUAGGUAUGUCGGAGCAGAUAACUACGCACCUAGACGUCCCAUGAAAGUGGAUCAACACGUUGGAGUCGACGAAGCAAACCGUUUACCAUUUUACCGUUUUUCUUUUAAGUGAUCAUUCAACGCAUGCUUGUAUAUUUCAAGUAUUCUUUGUGCAAAUGAUUGAAAAUAAAGUAACAAUAUAUCUCUGUUCGUCACUAAACUCUUCUGUAACUUCAUGAUUGGUCGUGUGUUUUCUUUCUUUCUGUAAAAUGUGGUUCGAUAUA